UCAAUCAGAAGCGAAUGAACUGAAUUCUCUGCACCAAUCCGGAGCUCCCACGAUCCGACAGCGAACAGAUACCGACGGACACCGAUGUUUGUUGUAACGUCUGCUAGGAUGGCAGCGAUAAAAUUAAUUUUAUCGUUAUUUAUAAAUUUAAGUAUAUAUGUUGUUCUAACUGUAGGAGGGAGAGAUUUUUAUGCCAUUUUAGGCGUACCAUCAACAGCAAGUCAACACACAAUAAAAAAGGCAUACAGGAAACUAGCAAAAGAAUUGCAUCCUGAUAAGAAUAAAGAUGAUGCAAACGCUUCACAAAAGUUUCAAGAUUUAGGUGCAGCUUAUGAAGUUCUCUCGGAUAAUGAGAAAAGAGAAAUGUAUGAUAAAUGUGGAGAAGAAUGCUUAAAAAAAGAUGGCAUGAUGAACAAUGCUGAUCCCUUUGCAAGUUUUUUUGGAGAUUUUAGUUUUCAUUUUGGUGGGGAAUCUCAACAUCAACAUGAAACACCAAAAGGUUCUAAUGUUCUAAUGGAUUUAGUUGUUACCUUAGAAGAAUUAUAUAGUAGAAAUUUUAUAGAGAUAACUAGAAAUAAGCCUGUCAUGAAAACAGCUAAGGGAACAAGGAAGUGUAAUUGUAGGCCGGAAUUUGUUACUCGUAAUUUAGGAAAUGGAAGAUUUCAAAUGAUGCAACAAUUAGUGUGUUCAGAGUGUCCAAAUGUUAAAUUUGUUACUGAAGAAAGAACUUUAGAAGUGGAAAUAGAACCUGGUAUGAUAGAUGGACAAGAAACGAAAUUUACAGCAGAAGGAGAACCACAUUUGGAUGGAGAACCUGGAGAUUUAAUACUGAAGAUACGAACUAAGCCACAUCCAGUUUUCGAGAGAAUUGGUGAUGAUCUUUUCACAAAUGUUACUAUAUCAAUGCAAGAUGCUCUUAUAGGUUUUAAAAUGGAUAUAGAACAUUUGGAUGGUCACAAAGUGACUAUUCAAAGGGAUAAGAUUACUAAACCAGGAGCUCGUAUUCUGAAGAAAGGAGAAGGAAUGCCUAAUUAUGACAAUAAUAACCUCCAUGGUUCUUUAUACAUCACUUUUGAUAUUGCAUUCCCUGAAACAGAAUUUACAAGUGAACAAAAAGAAGAAAUAAAAAAUUUAUUCCAACAAAACUCUGUAAGUCGAAUUUAUAAUGGAAUAAGAGGAAACUAAGAUUUUUAAGAACAAUGUAUAGACAAGGUGAUAUAAAAUGUGCAUAUAAUUGAAGUGCAUGUGUUGACUUUGUAUGUUUCUAUACCAAGUGGUGUUUUUGCUUCCUUCAAAUACUGUGGUACCAACAGGCUUGGUAGCCAAUUAUUAGGUUGGUUAAGUUAAAUGCAUGUAGCAUAACAAUAUACUUAAUAGCAUAACAUAGUACUUGAUCUGUGUUGAGUACAUAUACUUCCUGUCUCAUUGUAAAAAGGUGAUAAAUUUGCUAUUGCCAAUAAUUUAUAUUAAUGCCAACAAUAUCUGAAUUACAUUAUUUAAAAUAAGUUAUUUUAUGUUCAAUACGUAUGAGUGAUGUAUGAGUGUCUUAUAAGAGCAAAAGUAUUGCAUUUAAAUAGGGAAAGAGAUGCAGUAGUCCAAUAAUAAUAUUGGACUCGGUACGACAAUUUUUUUAUCAGCAUUAUAGGUAAUGAAAUGUAAACCACAAUGCAUUGUCAAUAACAAGUAAUUACUUGUUAAGUUAUUUAACUUGCAUUUAAGAUUUUUAUUAAAAAGGUGUUUACAUUAUAUUAAAUAUUUCUCUUACUUUACAAAAGUGUCUGUAACGUAAUUCUAUGUCUUCUUUUCAAGAGUUUAGGUUAUAAUUCCUUCAUUCAGUACAACAUACUUGUAAUUCUUUGUUAUUCUUUCAUAAGUAACUUUUUUAUUAUACUCAUUCAAAUGAGGACCUAAAACCACUUAUAAUUUGUAUAUUACUGUCAUAUUUCUAAUUAUAUAAGAAAUUAGAGUUUAUAUAUAUAUAAGAAAUUAAAAAUAUUUAUAUUCUUAUAAUCAUAUUACAAAGUAAUAGAAAAAUGUUUUCUAAUGAAUGAUUUUAGUUGUAUGUAUUUGUAUGAUAAAAUCAUUUAAAUAUUAAAUUCUAAUAUUAUUUAAAUUGAUCAACAAUGGAAGGUUAUUUGAAACUGAUACAAAAUAUUUAUAAAAAAUGUCCUACGAGUCCAUGUCUAUUUUGUCUCCAUAGCACGAAAAAUUGGUAGUUAUGUAAUUUUGAAAUGUAAUGUAGCUUAGUAUUAAUGUCUAUGACAAACAUAAUCAAAGAUGUUAACUUAUAUAGACAUAACAAUUGUUUGAGAAAAUAACGUGUACGAGAGAGCGUUCUAAGAACAUUAGGUUUGCUAGAGACAAUGUAUCUGUGAUGUAAAUAUCUUAUUUGAUGUAAUUUGUGGUGUCAUUUAUAUAUGCAGUGAAAUGUAAUAAUACUUUUUUAUUUUGUUUUUGUUUUUAAAGACAGAUUAAAAUAUUUAAACAUUUUAAGAUUUCUCACUUUUAAUUAAAAAUUGUUUAGACAUGGUGUCAUAGGAUAUUUUUUGCUUCAUUCAAGCUCAUCUCAUACCCAUGUAAAUAUUCCAGUAACGCAUAUCUGAGAUGUUAUGUGUUUAAAAUUGACAUCAAUUCAAUAUUUUAUAAUAAUUAACGAAAAUCAUAUUGCUAUUUCCAUGAAUUUAAGAAAAAAUGUUAGACGAAAUAGACUGAUUUGCAGUAUAGCAAUUUUGUUAUUAGGAUUUAUGUUUAUG